AUGUCACAAGGACCUAAUCGCCUCAGUCUUUGUCCCGUCAAUCGUACUUCUGGAUUCGGGUCGCACGCCGCUGCCGGGACUUGGUGGGGGCCACAUCAUCACGCUCCACAUCCAACCGCUACUGCUUCGUCCACCGUCUCCGCUGUUUCGGUUAUCAAUCAACAACCCGCCACAAAUAUUAUCAAUCAAUUGCACCACCACCCGCAUCACCACCACCAUCCGCAUCUGCAACAUCACCAUCAUCAUCUUCAACACACUGUGCCGACUGUGUCGGCGAAUUCAACCUCACUCAUACCGACGGCGGCUGUGCUUCCACAACAACAACAACAAACAACAACAACGUCACAUUCCACGCCUACUAAUGCGGUUAUGUAUGAAGAUCCCCCUCCAGUGCCAAUUGCUUCCGUGCAACAGCAACAACAACAACAGCAACAUCUCCUGCCCACUCAACAGCAGCAACAGCAGCUCGCAGCUACACCAGUUGGUGGUGCCCACAGUCCUUCCCAAACACCUUCAGGUGCCCAACCUCAAGCACAGCAACAUCUCACCUCUCCACACCACCAACAGCAACAACAACAGCAGCAAACGAAUAGUGUGCCUCCUGGUGCGUCUGCGAACCUCCAGCAACAACAACAACAACAACAACAAAACUCAGCAGUGGCGUCCGGCCAAACGCAGAUUGUUGCGCCGUCAACGGCGAGUGUUUCCCCCUCCAGUGUUAGUUCCCAACCCCCAGACAUGUCAUUGUUAGCACCUCUGCACAUACCCGCGAUCCGACCUGGUUUUGAAGCUGACGCGACGGCAGCAGUUAAAAGACAUCCUCAUCCUUGGGCUUACGAUGGUGAUGGCUUCAGUUCACAAUAUCACGCAUCACAAUACUUUCUAGAUCGAGACCGAAAGCCAGUUUUCUAUGGUUACCCCGAGACACAAUACCAGCCGUAUUGGAAUUACCGGGAACAACCUACACCCGCUGCAGCGGCCUACAUGAGCGCUAGUGAUGAACGACAUGCUGCCGCAGCUGCUGCCCGCCAAUCCGUCGAGGGCACUUCGCAGUCUAGUUAUGAAACGCCAACGUAUUCUUCACCAAGCGGGCUGCGUGGGUACCCAAGUGAAGCUUAUUCAAGUUCAGGUGGUACAGCUGGCAUUCCUGUUGGUACGGUUGGGCCUUGUACUCCCACUAAUGCCCUACAUGAAUGGACUGGACAAGUUUCGGUGCGAAAAAAGCGUAAGCCCUACUCCAAAUUUCAAACUCUUGAAUUGGAAAAGGAGUUCCUUUACAACGCUUACGUCUCCAAACAAAAACGUUGGGAGCUAGCAAGAAACUUAAAUCUUACUGAACGGCAGGUAAAAAUUUGGUUUCAAAAUCGUCGUAUGAAAAAUAAAAAGAAUUCACAACGUCAAGCCUCCCAACAAAAUAACAAUAACAGCGCCAAUAGUAAUCAUAACCAUACGCAAGCGACGCAACAGCAUCACAAUACUCAUCAUAUGAAUUUGGGUUUGAGCAUGGGGCAUCAUACCGCUAAAAUGCAUCAGUGACCUUUGGACAACAGCAGUGCCAGCGCCAUGGGCUUCCCCACCUACUAGCAUUUUGUGAACAUAAAAACCGAAAUACAGCCAGAAUUUCUGUAAUUGACAAAUUCAACCUACACAUUCAUAUACAUCAAAAUAUUGCCGUAAAUAAAUAACUUCAAUAUAUUAGUAGAAAGCUGCUUACUAUCUACACAUUUAUAUUUAUAGACAAUUAAAGUUCAGAAAUCUUAUUGUGGAUCAACAGUAAUCAAAG